AUGUCCGACGAAGAUCACAAAUCUGAACUAUAUGACACACUUACUAAUAUCCUGAAUGAAAUUGAUGAUCUACCAUUACAUCCGAAAAACAAAAUUCUCUUAUACAGUCGUUAUGUGCUUUCCAAAAUCUCUUGGCACUUCACUGUUUCUGACAUAGGCAAAACCUGGGUUAACGAUAAACUAGAUAGUAUCGCGUCCACGUAUAUCCGAAAAUGGCUUGAACUUCCUAUUUCUGCAACCCUUAGUAACGUCCUACUUCUCCACAAUAAAUUUGGAUUAAAUAUCAUUCUACCUUCAACCAAAUUCCUUCAAUGCCAAACUGUUUCUCGGAAAGCCCUAAAGUCGUCGCCAAAUGAAGCGAUCAAUAACCUUUGGAAGGAUACUACAAUCACCAAAAUGUACAAUAUGACAAAUACAAAAAACACCAAGGACGUAUUAAACACCAUCAAGAAACAACAUGAAGACAAGCUUCAACACCACCUCAUUUCACAAGGCUCAUUUUUCUCCAAUAUCAUUAAACAUUUUACACUCUCAUUCAACUCUAUAUGGUCCUCCGUUCAGAGUAAACUUCCGAAGAAUAUAUUUAACUUCAAUAUCCGGUAUAUAAAUAACACUCUUCCGACUCGCAAAAACCUUCUGAAAUGGGGAAUAUCACCAACAUCCGAAUGUUCGUUUUGUUUGAAUCCAGAAUCACUUCUUCACGUCGUCGCUGGAUGCAAGACCUACCUAAAUGAAGGACGUUUCACGUGGCGUCAUGAUUCGGUGCUUAACUUCAUAGCAUCCAUACUUAAAUCUGUGAACCAUUGUAACCUUUAUGCUGACCUUCCUGGCUAUAUCAGUCCAUCUGUUAUCACCGGAGUUGAAUUGCGCCCUGAUCUUUUGAUAACACUUGAAAACAAAUGUAUUUAUAUACUUGAACUUACCGUCGGAUUUGAAUCUAAUCUCCUCACUAAUGCAACUCGAAAAAGACAAAAAUAUCAAGAUCUAAUUAACGAACAGCUCAAAAAUUAUGAAAAAGUGAAAUUUGUAAAUUUAUCGAUUAGCUCAUUAGGAGUUUUCAGCCACCCGUCGCUAGAUUUCACCGAAAUGCUGAAAGGAUCUAAAGUUUGA